UUAGCGCGAGCCCGAGAUUCGCGGGCUAGCACGUCGGUUAGCCGUAUUGUUCAUUUGUUCUGCCGUUCUAACCAAAAGUAGCGGUGAUAAAUAGUUUAUUUGUUGUUGUGUACACGGUUGGAAUGCUUCGUCAAGAGAUUUUCUGCGCUACUAGAUACAAACAUCAGAGUAAACUGUUUACAUUUAUAGUCAACCGUGUUUUCUUCAAUGUGUUCCAGUUAAAUAUGGUUCACUGGAAACAACCGUCUUGAACACGUUGGUUCCGCGUUUGAUUUGAGAAACGAUCGGAUUUUUUUUGUAAAAGUUUGUGAUUUAGAUAGCUUUUUUAUUUUUAAAGUCAUUCAUUUUAGAUAUACAAAAUAAAUAAACCUGUGGCGUGUAAAGGAAUUGUAUUUCAUAGGAUCGUUUGGAUUUUCUCAGACCUUUUUUUUUUUUACCGUGCGCGUGAACGCCCCUCGUUUAACGUAGUGUGAUUCGAUCUCCUAUUAAUGCGUAAUUAAUCAUUUAUAACCACUGUGACGUAAAUUAUAAUGUAUUCAAAUGAGCAUGAAAAUGUAUAUGGAAGCGUGUACGUUCGUGAGAAAGGAGAGCUGCGCCGUGUCAACUCUCCGGGAAACAUGCCUCGGUUCUCCUCGCGUAAACUGUUCCGGAGAAAUCUUUCCCUCAGCCUCCAUGUGGAGAGUUUCCCUCAGAACGAGUGCGGAGAAAGAAACGGUCACUUCGUCUUCACCUACGAUGGCCAGGGGAGUCUGCGCUACACGCCCAGACCGCUGCUCGAUAUAUCGCUGCAGUUCAUCGCCCAUAAAAUCGAGCAUGUGGAGUCCCUGACCGGUUUCCCAGAACAAAUGGCCGUCAGGUUGUUCACAGCCGCUGAGGAGAAGCAGAAGUUCAUGCAGCCUUCUACCUCUGCCAGGGGGUUACAGGUCUUCAGCCAGGCUUACGGAGAACUGGUGUUAAAGUCGCUCUGUUUGAGAGAGAGAUGUCUCCUGCUGUCCGAAAGGAUGGACGAGAUUCGAGUGUUCCAUCAUUUGGAAACUCUGGACCUUCACGGAUGCAGGUUAGGUGACCAUCAUGACUUUUUCAGUCACCUGACCUCAUCGGCUUGUUCCAGGCUUGUGAAGUUGUUCUUAGGAGCAAACUGUCUGUCCGAUAAAGGGCUGCAGAGACUGACCGCGCCGGUCAGAGUGAUGAAAAGGGGACUGGAGAACCUGCAGCAGCUGGACCUGUCCAGAAAUCCAGUGACGGAGAAAGGACUCGGAUAUUUAACCUGUUUCCACAAACUGCAGGAGAUCAACAUCUCUGAUACCAACGUCCAGCUGGACUCGAGGCUGAAGAGAUUCUUCAGGAGUAAAAUGUCGAUGGUCCUUUCAGUGUCCCCGCUGCAGACAUUCACACACUCGGAGUGUAGAACCGAGGGCUGGGCGGAGCAGGUAAUAAAUCAGUGGGAGAGUAAAGCUGCAGAAUUACCCGAGAAAAACCCAAAGCCCAGAACAAACGCCCUCCAGUUCUAUGGGAGGGAGAAGUUUGUACGAGAGACGGUCCACUCCAUGUGUAACCAGAAUCAGUGUGAGGAGAAGAUGAGCAUCAUCCACUUUCAUAAGCUGGACCUUCACACUCCACCUGACCACACCGCAGACACACACACACACCUGAACUCACAGUGUGGGAAGAAGAGGAAGUUCUCCAGGGAACCUGAGGAACACCUGAACACUCAGUCAGAAGCCAAGCGCUCGGUGUCUCCGUGUCCGCUAUCAGCCGAAGACUUGGAGCUUCUCAGGAGUUACUGAGCUCACCAACACACACCACACUGACAUUACUGUGUGUGUGUGUGUGUGUGUGUGCGAGAUGAGUUUUAUAACUGAAAUAAAUAAAUGUUAUAACUAUAAUAAAUGUCUGAUGUUCUGA